CAGUUAUCCAGCUGUGAUUGACAAGAACGUUGUCGGCUUAGCAACGGAGCGGUUGGACUCGCCGUGGCCGUUAACAAACUGAAUGAAGAAACUUAACCUGCAGACAUUACACUCCAGCAGACACAGCCAAGAGCGUUACAGGACUUUUCUCCACUCUCAGGCAGAGUUUUGGAUGUUCUACCUCAGAUUUUGAUUCACUCUCCGAAAUUAGCCUGCUUGGCUGCUGUUGUUACCUGUGUGGUUUUUCCUUUGGAUUACCAGAUGCUGGUGGAUUUUCCUGGGAGCUGAGUAAAACAGCGAUGGAAGCGAGGUCUAAAUGAUAAUGGGACUUUAUUUACAUUUGGGAAAGAUCUGCUUUCUGAGCAAACAUGUGAGACCUGCGUUAACGGAGACUGUCUGUCCUUCGCCAAAGUGAAUUAUCUGCAGGUCUGUUCGCUCGACCGGAGAUUUUCAUUUAGCAGCCGAACUCAUGGACGAGCCUACGUGUUGAGAAAGGAGAAAGAAAAUGUGUAUCUGCCUGUUAAAGGUACUGCCUGUCUUGUGUUUUUUGGUCAUGAGGGUGUCAGCUGAUCUCACCUGUGAGGCAGUGCUUAUGCUGGCUAGCGGGAACCGUUCAUUGAACUCUUUGGACCUUUCUAAUCAGACAGACAGCAAUAGCUCAGGUAUAUUUUGCAGAACAUCCAUUGAUGGCAUUGGUACCUGCUGGCCUCGCAGUAUGGCAGGAGAAAUGGUGUCACGCCCCUGUCCUGAACUUCUCUAUGGAGUGCGAUACAACACCACCAAUAAAAUCUUCAGAAAGUGUCAAGCCAACGGGACCUGGGCCUCCAAAGGCAACUACUCUCAGUGCAAAGCUAUUCUCAGUGUACAGAGAAAGAGCAAGGUGCAUUAUCGAAUAGCGGUCAUCAUUAACUACAUGGGUCACUGUUUGUCUCUGUUUACUCUUCUCAUUGCCUUCAUUCUCUUCUUACGACUCCGGAGCAUUCGGUGUCUAAGAAACAUUAUCCACUGGAAUCUCAUUUCUGCCUUCAUCUUGAGGAAUGCCACGUGGUUCAUUGUUCAGAUCACCAUGAACCCUGAUGUACAUGAAAGCAACGUGCCGUGGUGCCGUUUGGUGACAACAGUGUAUAAUUAUUUCCACAUGGCUAACUUUUUCUGGAUGUUUGGGGAGGGCUGCUACCUCCACACAGCCAUCGUACUCACAUACUCCACCGACAGGCUCAAGAAAUGGAUGUUCAUCUGCAUCGGAUGGUGUAUUCCCUUUCCAAUUAUUGUAGCCUGGGCCAUUGGAAAGCUUUACUACGACAAUGAGAAAUGCUGGUUUGGGAAGAGAGCAGGUGUGUAUACAGACUACAUCUACCAGGGCCCCAUGAUAUUGGUGCUUAUGAUUAAUUUCAUCUUCCUCUUCAACAUUGUGAGGAUCCUCAUGACCAAACUCAGAGCAUCCACCACCUCAGAAACCAUCCAGUACAGGAAAGCAGUGAAGGCCACCUUAGUGUUGUUGCCUCUGCUGGGGAUUACGUACAUGCUGUUCUUUGUAAACCCAGGAGAGGAUGAGGUUUCCCAAAUUGUCUUCAUCUACUUCAAUUCUUUCCUUCAAUCCUUUCAGGGCUUCUUUGUGUCCGUGUUCUACUGUUUUCUGAACAGUGAGGUACGCUCAGCAGUACGGAAACGAUGGCAUCGCUGGCACGACAAACAUUCCAUUCGUACACGAGUUGCAAGGGCAAUGUCUAUCCCCACCUCACCCUCGCGCCUCAGCUUCCACAGCAUCAAGCAGUCCACCUCUGUCUAAGAGAGACAAGAAAGAGAGAGAGGCUUGCAAACAUACAAUGUGAGGGAGAUUCCUCAAUACCUGAGAAAGAAAACAAACCAAAUUUAAUGGAGAGCCUCGAAUUUUGGCCAGCAAAGAAAGAUUGAAGAACGCUUUCUCCAGACUUUUUUUUUCUACAGAGCAUACCUCACCAGUUUUGAGCAUCCAGAGGACCACUGAGUUAAUAAGGAAAUCAAGUGAAGGAAAUAAAGCGAAGAACUUUUUCAAGUGCACCAUCAAUUUUCAAUAGCAGAAGAGGCACUAACAGCUUGAUGAGCAAAGAUCUGGCAAAUGAAGGACAUAUAGAAGAAUGGCCACUCAUAUACAACCCCAAUUCCAAUGAAGGUGGGACAUUGUGUAAAACAAAUAAAAACAGAAUACAAUGAUUUGCAAAUCCUUUUCAACCUAUAUUCAA